AUGCCCGGAUGUUGAGACGGCUUCUGAUUGGCUGCCGGGAGCGAGGCCUCGGCCGGUGGGGAAGAACCCGGAAGUGCUGAGGGGGAACGGCAGCUGCCGGCGCCAGCGUCCAGCGCACGUGGCCAUGCCCGGCGCGGGCAGCGCCGGCCUGGCUCCCGAGCAGCACACGGCCGUGCCCGGCGCGGGCAGCGCCGGCCUGGCUCCCCAGGAGCAGCAUGUGGGCACGGCCGUGCCCGGCGCGGGCAGUGCCAGCCUGGCUCCCGAGGAGCGCGUGCGGCGGCUGGUGCGGGCGGGCAGCAGCGUGCAGGUCAGCGAGGACGUGCCCCCGCGGCGCUACUUCCGCUCGGGCGUGGAGAUGCUGCGCAUGGCCACCGUCUACUGCCAGGAGGGCAACCUGGAGCACGCCUUCAUCCUCUACCACAAGUACAUCACGCUCUUCAUCGAGAAGCUGCCGCAGCACCGUGAUUACAAAAGCGCCGUCAUCCCCGAGAAGAGGGAGACGGUCAAAAAACUGAAGGAAGUAGCCUUUCCCCGAGCCGAAGAGCUCAAGGAGGAGCUGCUAAAGAGGUACGCCAAGGACUAUGCUAAGUACAAGGAGCAGGAGCAGCAGCUGGAGGAGGAGAAGACUCGGGUAGCCCUGAUGAAGCAGCAGCAGGCAGAGCAGGAGCAGUUCCACGCCUUCGAGGAGAUGAUCCGGCAGCAGGAGCUGGAGAAGGAGCGCCUGAGGAUAGUGCAGGAGUUUGGGAAGCCAGAGCCAGAGGCUGUGGAUGGUCCCCUCAUCCCUGGCGUGGAAAAGCCCCCAACAGAUUUAAUCCCAAAGGUUCCAGUCUCUCCAGUUCACCCAGCAAGUCCAUCAGCGGGGACUGUGCCCUCCAAACCUCCUGUUGUGGACAGAUCUUUGAAGCCCAGUGCUUUGGGGAGCACAGAGAACAGUGCAGGUGUGGAUGUCCUUCGGCAGGUCAUUGUCCCCAGGGAGCUGUGCCACAAGUUCCUGCAGCUGGCUGACGCCAACACGGUGCGGGGCGUGGAGACCUGUGGGAUCCUCUGCGGGAAGCUGAUGAGGAACGAGUUCACCAUCACGCACGUCAUCGUCCCCAAGCAGCUGGGGGGCCCCGAUUCCUGCACCACGGAGAACGAGGAGGAGCUCUUCGUCAUCCAGGACCAGCACGGCCUCGUCACCCUGGGCUGGAUCCACACCCACCCCACACAGACAGCCUUCCUGUCCAGCGUGGACCUGCACACCCACUGCUCCUACCAGAUGAUGCUGCCCGAGUCCAUCGCCAUCGUGUGCUCUCCCAAGUACCAGGAGACAGGGUUCUUCAGGCUGACGGAGCAUGGCCUGGAGGAGAUCUCAUCCUGCCGGCAGAAGGGGUUCCACCCACACCCCAAAGACCCCCCUCUGUUCACGACCUGCAGUCACGUGUCAGUAGUGGAGAGAGACGUGGUGCUGCUGGAUCUCCGAUAAGCCUCUCGCCUCGUCCCCUUGCAGGAGCCCCCCCACCUUCCUCUAGGCCUCGGGAAUGUGUUUUCUCCUCCUGUAGCAGAUGAUUUCGACCACGUAGUGACCCCUCCCUGCCUCCCCCGUGGUGGAAUCGGCUCCCUGCCCUCCAUGGGAGCCCCUGGAGCCUCGGUGCCUGCCGUGGGGCUGCAGGCGUGGGGAGAAGCUCAGAGACAGAAGCCAACACUACAGCAGUUGUUUAACUCUAAUCCACGGCCUCCUGGGGAGGCUCCCCGUGACUUGCUGCAACCCUGAGCUGUGGGAACCUCCUCAAGUGCUUUUGGGACUUGCCCACUUUAACCCAUGCCUUGUUUUGUCCCUUGUUCCGGUCUCAGCACAGCUUCCAGGAGCAGAUAAAUCUUUCCUAUGCUUUAAA